CUCUCUCUUCUUCCCCACUUCCCCCCUCUCUUAUUUGCCUUCAUUCAAUCUUCUCCUCUGUUCAACAUUCUGCAGUUUGGGCUUGUGUAGAACCAACACCACUGAGUUAUGAAACCAUUUCUUGAUCUUCAAAAGGAGCCUUCUUGUUUGGCAAAUGAUUCUGAUAUUAGUAGCCAAGGUGGUUCUAUUUGUUGCGGGUCGAGGACUCCUCCUCCUUCUCCUUCUCCUUCUCCUUCCACUCAUCCGGGAUUUGAGUCGGUUUGCCUCGACUUGACUCUCAACUUUAACAUCGUUGAAGAUAUUGGAACACGUCCCGAUUCGACGCGAUUUUCAUUGUCGAGCACAAGUGAUCAGAGUAGUAAUGAACCAACGGCUGUCCCAAGGGUAUUUUCUUGCAACUACUGUCAGCGCAAGUUCUUUAGUUCACAAGCUCUUGGUGGUCACCAGAAUGCACAUAAGCGCGAGCGAACGAUGGCGAAACGGGCGAUGCGUAUGGGCAUUCUAGCUGAAAGAUAUGCUAGUCUAGCUUCUUUACCAUUGAAAGGUUCAUCAUUCAAGUCCUUGGGGAUCAAAGCACACUCUUCACUACUCCAUGGAAUGACUGCACCAAUGAUGCCUAUUGACAUCAGGAGCAGUGCUAGAUUCGAACCGGAACCGGGAUAUAUAGGCAUGCCGAUUUUCUUGGAGGAUGAUGAAGCAGACAUUAUGUGGCCGGGUAGUUUUCGUGCAAUGGCAGAAACUAGAAACACUCGUGAACUAACUCAACCAAGUUUCAGAUUGACCGAUCUUUCAAGCAUAAGCUCAGUAGAGAAGACAUCGAUACAGGACGUAGAAAAAAACUCGACCCUUGAUCUCACACUUAAACUCUAAGAGGCUUAUAUGAUGAGGGAUCAUCACUAUUUCUGCUUUUUCUCUGUACAGUAAGUGCAAGUUUCAAUCAAACACAACUUAGCUUUCCCAUUUUAAGUACUUAUUAUCAGUCUUUGCUUGCUAUAAGUCAUUUUCCUUGC